AUGUAUAGAGGAUUCUGUGGAAUACGGACGUUUGCCACAUUCAACAGGGUGUGCAAUGCAACAACACGUUUUUCUCUGGCCAUGUUGGAUCAACCGGCCCUUCUUCAUCCUGCGCUAUUGGCAAAAGCCCGGGCUUUAACAGAGGAAUUGAACAUUUUGGAGAAGAAGAUAUCAGGUGGAACAAAUUUCAACCAGGGAGAGAGUAAACAAUACGCAUAUUUGACAUCAUUUGCAAAUACUUAUGACCAUUAUCAAUCACUACAGGAGAAUUAUAAAGAACUCAUCCAAAUGGGGAACGUUGAAAAUGACCCCCUUUUAUUAGAUGAGAUAAAAUUAGAAUUGGAAGAGAUUAUGCCGCAAUUGGAAACUGCAUCGUCUAAUCUCAAAUCUAGACUUUUGCCACCACAUGAAUUUGCCGAUAAAGGUGCAAUACUUGAAUUUAGACCUGGUGCUGGAGGUCAUGAGGCAAACAUCUUCACCAAUGAUUUGUUGAAUAUGUACAUCAAGUACUGUCAAUACCAUAACUGGAAACAUGAAUUGUUAUCGAAAACUGUCCAUGUCUCUGGAUCGGGAAUUGUAGAUGCCACUCUUGCCGUUGAUUUCCCUGGUUCAUAUGACAGAUUACGACACGAAGCUGGCGUUCAUCGUGUCCAACGGGUCCCCGAUACUGAAACCAAGGGGAGGGUGCACACUUCUGCAGCAGGUGUUGUUGUCUUACCGAAAUUUGAGGAAAACAACAAUGGAAACAAUGCCGGAUUACGGAAAUUCAAGCCAGAUGAAUUGAGAAUUGAUGUCAUGAGGGCAUCUGGUGCUGGUGGUCAGCAUGUUAAUACUACGGAAUCUGCCGUAAGAAUUGUCCAUUUACCAACGGGGAUUGUUGUGCAUAUCCAAGAUGAGAGAUCUCAACAUAAGAAUAAGGAAAAAGCCUUGACUGUUUUGCGGUCCAGAUUGGCAGAGAAGGAGUUGAGAGAUAGACAGGAAAAGGAAAGGGAAACUAGAACAGGUCAAGUGUCAUCUGUGGAUAGAAGCGAUAAAAUUAGAACUUAUAAUUUCCAACAGAACAGAAUAACUGAUCAUCGAUGUAAUUUCACUCUUUAUGAUUUAGAAGGUUGUUUACAAGGUACUAAAUUGGACCUAAUCAUUGACCAAGUGGAGAAAAAGGAAGCUGAUGAUGCAGCAUUGGAAUUGAUUAAAGAAUCCCAGAACUGA